AUGUCAGCACUCGACGAAAAAGCCAGUGGCCACAAACACAAAACAGACACCUCACCUCCUCCAACACCUUCUAAAGAAACCGAGCCUCAAGAUUCUGUAACCGAACCAGAUGUUGAGAAGCCUCAACAACAAGGCCCAGGUUACGACCCGGAAGCCGAAAAGAACUACCAACCCAAAACGCUCAAGUUCUGGCUCAUCAUCUUAUCCAUCUUCGUUUCCAUGUUCCUCGUCGCAUUGGACCGCACAAUUCUAGCAACGGCCGUGCCUCGCAUCACUGACGAGUUUAAAAGCCUUGGAGAUAUUGGCUGGUAUGCUUCCGCGUACAUGCUUACAACGGCAGCAUGCCAGCUGCUAUUCGGAAGAAUCUACAAAUUCUACAGCACAAGAUGGACGUUUCUCGUAACCAUCAUCAUCUUUGAAGUUGGCUCUGCCAUUUGCGGCGCCGCGCCCAAUUCACCUUCUUUUAUUGUUGGUCGCGCUAUCGCUGGAAUCGGAGCGGCAGGUAUCUGGACAGGUUCCAUGAUGUCGGUCAUUCCCAUGAUGCCGCUUCACAAACGCCCCAUGUUUCAAGGAAUAUUCGGUAUGGUGUUUGGAAUUUCUUCCGUUGUAGGGCCGCUGAUUGGAGGUGCUUUCACGGAGAGAGUCACUUGGCGAUGGUGCUUCUACUUGAACCUGCCGGUUGGCGCUGUGGCAUUUGCCUUGUUGUUCGCAUUCAUGCAUCCCGCGAGUCCCAAGCAUGAACCAGCAACUUUCAAACAGCAAGUCAUGCGCCUUGACCCAUUGGGAACAUUCUUCUUCGUGCCCUCCGUGGUUUGUUUGCUUCUUGCGCUUCAGUGGGGUGGAUCGACAUAUCCUUGGAGUAACUGGCGCAUCAUCUUGCUGUUCGUCAUGUUUGGCCUCACAGCUGCUGUUUUCGCCAUAGUUCAGGUAAAGAUGCCCGAUUCCGCGACGUUGCCUGUCAGAAUUAUCAAGCAAAGGACCAUGUUGGCCGGUACUUUUUACAUGCUCUUCUUGGCUGGUGGAAUGAUGUUGGUAGUGUACUACCUACCGCUGUGGUUCCAAGCGACGAAGGGCGUCGACCCAGUCAAAUCUGGCAUCUACACCAUCCCUCUCGUCCUCAGUCUCGUUGUUGCUUCGAUUGUCUCCGGCGCAGGGACUCAGAGGCUGGGAUAUUACACACCCUUCAUGAUUAUUUGCCCUUGCAUCACAGCCAUUGGCGAGGGCUUGCUCACCACAUUUACCCCCACCACCGGAUCAAAUCAUUGGAUCGGCUUUCAGUUCCUUACUGGUUUCGGUGUCGGCUUGGGCAUGCAGUCAGUUGGUCUUGCAGUGCAGGCAACAUUGCCCAAGGACGACGUUUCCACUGGUGUGGCAAUCACUUUCUUUGCCCAACAGCUGGGUGGUGCGAUAUUUGUCACCGUUGGUCAAACGAUUUUGUCUACAUUGCUGGUAAAACAGCUGAGUGGCGUCCCUGGACUGGAUCCCAUGUCUAUUGUCAGGACUGGUGCCACGGAGUUGCGACAUAUUGUGCCGUCACAGUUCUUUGGCAGAGUCAUCAAUGCGUAUAACUAUGCGUUGACACGGAUAUUUUACUGUGCUUUGGCGCUUGCUUUGGCACAGUUGGUGGCAGCGUUAUUCAUUGAGUGGCGAAGUAUCAAGAAGCCAAAGGACGCAGAGGCUGCCAAGGCUGUUGCCGGGCAGGAAGGGUUAGAAGAUUAA